UUUUGAAAAACUGGUACUUGCCUCACUCCUCUUUUUCUUGUACCAAACUUUUAAGGCGUCAAACUAUAGCGCUCGCUCUCCUUUUCAUCUUGUUCUUCACCAAUGCUGAAAAUUUAUGCUGUUCUAUACCCUUUCUAGUUUGACUACUUCAAGAUUUGAAUUCGUUUCAGCCUUCAAUUUGAAGUUGAUUGUGAAGAAAUAUAUGCACACAACCUGAUCGAUGAAAUGCCUCAAUGGACUGAGUAUGUUGAAUUUUCGAUGAGGUUCGGUUUUUAGGCGUCCCAAUUGUCAGAAGAAGAAAACAAAGUAGUUGCUGGUUGUGUGAAGUGUAUCUUUUAUGGUAACUUAAGUUGGUCUUACAAUGGGAAUGCGUAGCGUGAGGAGGAACCUUAUACCUCGAGCUAAGAUGUUGACAGCCAAGACUAGUGGGGUGAUGCGGUUUUAUCACUGCUCAGAGGAAUUCCAGGACGAGUCUUUGCCUUCUGAAUGGUAUGAGAAAGCUUUCUCAAAAUUAACAAAACUGAACCUUUUGCUGAAGAAUGUUGACUUAGUUGAUGGCAAGCUAGUAAAUGUUAAUGAUCACUCGAGAGUUCAUGAUGAAAGCUUGGAACAAAAGUUGUCUUCUUUCAAAUCACUGGCUAGGACCUUUAUUGGGUGUCCAUCAAUGCAAGAAAUGAUGAAAAAGAAUGUGGCACAAGCAUUAGCUGAAGUACAAUGUGAUCAGCCUGUCUGUUUUAGUAAAAAUAACGAGAGGGAAUCAAUUACAGUUGAUUCCCUCACAAAAAUUUCAAACUUCCUGAAUGUUUCUGCACAACAAAGGAAGCUUGUCAGGCAAUCAAUAUGUGCACAGGUCACAAAGUACCCCGUAUGGAUAGGGGCAGUUGAGGAGAUAUUGUAUGGACUGAAAUCUAAUAUUGAUUUUCUAAAUUGUAGAUGUCCGAGUAAAGACAUUAGAAUGGCGCAGCAAAUAGUUACAACUUGUCAAAAGUAUUUAGAGAAUGCAACUUCUUAUGACCCUGAAUCCACUUCAUGGAUGCGCGUCGCACCUGCAAAAGGUGUGGAGUCACCUGCUUCUCAUAAGUGGGAAGGUGUUCUUGAAAUGUUCAGCGACCUUAUUGAUUGCUUGAGUGAAGAGACAAAAUUAACUUCGGAGGUAAAGAAGCUUGAGGUCAUGAAAGAGGGGCUUUAUCAGAUUAAGGAUGUUUUCAUAGACAAAAACAUUGGAUUUAAGGAAGCUCGCUAUCAGGAGAGUUUAGUGCAUAAAAAGUUGACUAAGACAUUGGGCCACCCAUCACGAUGUGUGUUCACACUUCUUCUUUAUUAUCUUCAUGGCAGCAUCUGGGAUGUUGAUAUUGAAGUAUGUGGAGGACUUUAUCCACUUGGUCGAGGGGAUAAGUUUCGUCUGUGCAUGGGAAAGAUCCUAACAUCUGAUGAGCAGAAUAUGCUGCAGAGCGGGGUAAAGCAGCUAAGCAGAGCUCUGGGGCUUUUCAAGUUUGUAUGGGAAACAGCAGGAAUGAAAGGCGACCUAGAAGUACAAGGCCAUCUGUGGUGCAUUGGUGCCAAGAAUAAGUCAUUUACCUAUAGAAAUAAUAUGUUCUUGCUGCAUUCUAUAAGUUGCUGAUAUGACUGACAGGGAAAGCUAGAAAUGUGGAAGAUGCAUUCAUCAAUGUGUAUAGUAGCUUCAAGUUGAUGGCGGGUUGAAUCAAAAUAUGAAUUCAAAAGCCUUGUCUGCUCCAAAUGUUAGUCCUCUGGAUUUCCCUGCUCUCUCUGUGGCAGAAAGUCAAAACAACAGCCUAAAGUACUCUGGAAGGGAUGUUCAACAAAAUAUCAAUCCCUAUAGGUCUUCUGAGAAAGACAGCACCCUUCUGUUUAGAUCUGGCUCUUCCAUCCCUUUUCGAGAUGCUACAGAUUUUGCAUCGUCUCAUGUACGUCAGGAAGAUGGUAUCUCAGGAUUCUAGCAUAUGGAAGUAUGAUAGGACUGGAGUAGCUGAUGGUAGUGUUGGAUCAAGUAGAAAUUCACCUGUAUUGGCUAGCUCUUACAAUAGUAGGAGAGUAGGGGAGUUUAUGGUGAUAGGUUGCAGAGCAGAGGUUCCGUGUAAUAAUUUUCCUCUCUAAAAGGAGAUGUUCACUAUAUGAAUGGUGUUAUGGAAUAUGUGUUAAUACACAAAUUCGAUUGAGAGUUUCGAAAGAGAUGAUUUG